AAUUUACAUAUACAAGAUGCUAUUAAUCUAAAAUAAAUAAGUUAUUUAUACAGUAUUUUAGUUUGAUAAUAUGGCAAAAGAAUUGAAUGAAAUUGUUUUGAGCUACUACGAUUGCUUACUGAGGACUAGUGAUGUUGCAUUACUUCAAGGAUCACAUUGGUUGAAUGAUGUUAUAAUAGGAUUCUAUUUUGAAUAUUUAGAUAACACAUUUAAUAAAAUUGAAAAGAAAGAACUAUAUUUUAUAAGUCCGGAAUUAACACAAUUAUUAAAAAUGACAGAUCCAUCUCAAUAUAAUGUAUUUUUAGAUCCUUUGAAUAUAUCAGAAUGUAAAUAUAUAUUUUUUCUGAACAAUUGUGAUAGGAAAGAUGCAGCAGGAGGAUCACAUUGGAGUUUAUUAGUAUUUUGUAAGCAAGAUAAAACAUGUUACCAUUUUGAUUCAUCAAGAGGUUAUAAUAGUAGUAUUGCUUCAAAGUUUGCAAAGAAUGUAAUGAGCUGUUUACUUGAUAAAGAUGAAUCUAACAAGAAAUUUGUUGAUAUGGAUAGUCCACAACAAGAUAAUGGUUACGAUUGUGGUGUUUAUGUUUUAUGUUUAGCAGAUGUAAUUGCAAGGAAUGUUUUGGAAACUGGUAAUAUAACUGAAUGUGAUUAUAAUCAUGCUAAAAAAUUAGUACAAACAAAACGUACAGUAUUAUUAAAUUUAAUAAAUGAUCUUAAACGCAAAUCAAACAUUGAUAAAUAAUAUGUAUAAUGUAUAC